AUGACCGAUCAGUCUUCAUCCGAACCAACUGCCGAAGGAACCGCCAAACGGGAAACGACGCUAGACGCCAGGGUGAUCGAUGUUGCCAUUCGUCUCGGUGUAUUGGGAUUGUUUGCCUAUUUCUCACUGCAACUGAUCGCGCCGUUUUUUCUGUUCCUGCUCUGGGCCGUCGUGCUUACGGUCGCGCUCUAUCCGGCCUAUGGCUGGCUUGCGGCCAGGCUUGGCGGCCGAAAGGUACUGUCCGCAAUCCUGAUCACGCUGGUGUGCCUGGCCAUUGUGAUCGGCCCCGUUGCGGUACUGGUGGUAAGCCUCGUUGAGACGCUGCAGUUCUGGUUACACGGGAUAACAGGCGACGGCCUGAAACUGCCACCAUUACCCCAAAAGCUGGCAGAGCUUCCGAUAGUCGGCGACCGGGUGUCCGAAUUGUGGGGCCUUGCCAGUCGAAGUCUUGAACUGUUCUUCGAGAAGAUCGGUCCGAUGGUCGUGCCGGCAGGUGGUCGUAUCCUGUCCAUGCUCGCCUCGCUGAGCGGCAGUGUCCUGUUCUUCAUCGUUUCGAUCAUCCUUGCAGGCUGCCUGUUUGUUCCCGGACCCGGUCUCGCGCAAGGAGCCAAACGCUUUGCCGAUCGUAUCAUCGCUCCGCGCGGUGCUGAGUUUGUUGAUCUUGCAGGCGCCACGAUCCGCAACGUUUCGCGGGGAGUGAUCGGCGUUGCGGUCAUUCAGGGACUUCUGACGGGUGUCUUGCUGAUCGUGUUCAGCGUUCCUCUUGCCGGCGUUCUGACAUUCGCCGCACUGAUCCUGUGCAUCAUUCAGAUUGGGCCGGCACUGGUGAUCAUUCCGACCAUAAUCUGGGCCUGGAGUUCCUGGGACCUGGUCCCCGCGCUCGCCUUCACGGUCCUCAUGGUACCCGUCAUGCUCGUGGACAACGUGUUGCGGCCGAUCCUGAUGUCGCGUGGCCUGGAUGUUCCCAUGCUGAUCAUUCUGAUCGGUGUGCUCGGCGGCACCAUCGCUCACGGUCUUCUCGGUCUUUUCCUGGGUCCGGUUGUCCUCGCGGUGUUUUAUGAGCUGGUCAUCGCCUGGGUGAAAGCUGGAGAGGACGGCUGA